CGCACAGCUCGCGCUCUGCUCCGCUCUCACAUGCAGACUGACACUUUCCAGCAGCGGCGCACAAUCACGCCCAAGCGCGUUUAGUGGAUUUCUCCGUCCUGCGCUUCGCCAUGCGCGGCGGCCAGCGCGGAUUUCAACAUCUGAACUUUUGGAAAGAGGAGUCCCGGAGCGCACAGCGUGCUCAGCUCAAGCGACGCGUUUCCAAGUGACUGCAGAGCGCGCCUGUCUGGCACAGACUCCACGUUAAGUUGUGAGUAUGAGAAGAGGAGACCGAGGUUAGGGUUAGCGAGCAGCCAGCGGACUCUCCGGACACGGACAAUGGAAACCUUCAGCGUGUCAGUGAACGGCGUGUCCUACACCGUGGCACCUGAACUCUCCACCCCCGAUGAUCCCUUUAACGGACCCAUCAAGAACAUCGCGCCCUGGAACUUCACCAUCCUGGCCGUUCUCAUGUUUGUGGUCAGCUCGCUGUCUUUAACCGAAAAUUUCCUGGUCAUGUUUGUCACUUUCAAGUUCAAACAACUGAGGCAGCCCCUGAAUUACAUUAUAGUUAAUCUGGCCAUCGCCGACUUUCUAGUCUCCCUCACCGGUGGAGUAAUAAGUUUCCUGACUAACGCCAGGGGUUAUUUCUUCCUCGGGAAGUGGGCUUGCGUCCUGGAGGGCUUUGCAGUUACUUUUUUCGGGAUCGUGGCCCUCUGGUCCCUGGCUGUCCUGUCCUUUGAAAGGUUCUUUGUGAUCUGCCGACCUCUGGGUAACAUCCGACUGCAAGCAAAGCAUGCGAUCCUGGGUCUUGUGUUCGUUUGGUCCUUCUCCUUCAUCUGGACCUUCCCUCCAGUGCUGGGAUGGAACAGAUACACUGUAAGCAAGAUUGGGACCACCUGUGAGCCCGACUGGUAUUCAACCAACAUCACAGAUCACAGCUACAUCCUUACUUUCUUCGUCACCUGUUUCAUUUUGCCUCUCGGGGUGAUUUUCUUCUGCUAUGGGAAGCUCCUACGGAAGCUCAGGAAGGUAUCACAUGGUCGUCUGGCCACUGCCAGGAAACCAGAGCGCCAAGUGACCCGCAUGGUGGUGGUGAUGAUCGUGGCAUUCAUGGUGGGUUGGACACCAUACGCAGUCUUCUCCAUAUUGGUCACAGCACAUCCAACUAUUGAACUGGAUCCAAGACUGGCUUCUAUCCCAGCCUUCUUCUCCAAGACAGCUGCCGUUUACAAUCCAAUCAUCUAUGUUUUCAUGAACAAACAGUUCAGGAAGUGUCUUAUCCAGCACUUCACCGGCGUGGGGACGAUCCCUGAUAGCAACCUGAAUCAGACCUCUGAUCGACCUGGAAUCACUGCCGAGAGUCACACGGGAGAGAUGUCAGCCAUUGCUGCCCACAUCCCCGUGGGCAGCACCACGUCACCCAGAUCGGACUUCAGAUCUGAUUCUCCAACCGACUGCGGUUCAUUUGCUCAGCUUCCCAUUCCAGAGAACAAAGUCUGCCCAAUGUAACACUAGGCUUUACCCCGAUAGGUGUUCUCUUUCCCUGAGCAUGAAUAGACACCCUUCUGUAGACGCCCCACCCUCACCCUGUGUUUCAAGGACAAUUAAGGGUUAGCAAAAAGUAAGAAACUUUAUGGUCCAGAGUAUUCUGGUAGAUGUUCAGUUUAUUAUUGGAAAAAAAAGACUUGGGGGAAAGAACUGUAGAGACUGAACUGCUCAGAGCUUUACCCUGUAGAUAUCCUAUAAAUAUUUGCUCACCAGUGCUCCUCUGUCCCGUUAUUCAAGAAUGUCUUGGAUGUUCUCUUGACCAUCACGGCACAAUGGAGGGCACUUGAUUCAACGCGAUUCAUUCAUAUCCCAAUGAAAAAAAAGGGACUGCAAAACCCACAGACCUUGACAUCCGUUAGUUGAGGGCUAGCCAGUGUGUUUCAAAUAUCACAAUGCACCCAGCCUUUCAUCUUGUCCUCGCCUUCUCCUUUGAAGCCCCAUGAUGGUGCCUGCAGAGAAAGCGUGUUUUUCUAUGCUGUUUCAGUAUUUGCUUUGGCAGCAAUUUUCAUUCAUCUCUGUCCGUCAAAAGGACGGAGCAGUCUGCUGAAUUUGAAUUUUUUUUUUUUGUGUCCCGCGUAAACUAGUUUGGGUCAAAGCUUUUAUCUUUUUUGAAGAUGGUCAAGAGGGCUUAGAGAUGCCAGUCUCCCAUUCCCUCUGUUGCAGAUAUAGGAGGACAGCAUAUUAAUGAGGUGCCAGCAGUGGAUCACCACAUACAUGCACACACUACAGUCCAAUGCUUUGAUGUAAGCUCUCUAUAGGAACUGUGAAGAAAUGCAUCAAUAAUUAUCACUAGCAAACAAGUGGGUUUGCUAGUUAGCCAUGUAUAAAAGCAAUGAGUAUUCCAUCACAAGCACAGUUCAGCAGCAAUAUUGAAGCUAAAUACCAUCACUUCAGCACUUCAGCAGUAGCUACAAGUAGAUGUAGCAAUCAGUGUUACAAUAUGUCUUCUACUUUGUGGUGCAUGUUCAUUCAUUAUUACUGGGUAUCUGUCAAAAACACCGUCGUAUGCUAAGCAGUGAUUCACCAGGUAUGGUGUUUGUUUACAACGUGUGUUUCAGUCAUGUCUGGCCGGGAGUAAAAUCCAGCAUUUUUAAGCACCAGUGCAUCUGUGUCAAGUUAACUGUGACACCAACAACAGACUAUUUUAAAGAGAACUGUCAAAUUAGCUUCUGUCCUGUCCUGGAGAAGUUUGUCACAGAUUUAAUCGCUUCAAUGACUGUCACUGCUUUGCUGUCAGGUCCAGAAACUUUAGAUACGUGUCUUUGGAACCUAAACCUGCAUUAAUCAAUAUGUUUUGUGUCAACAGUGAAUAAACUAUGUGUGUUGUGAAAGGGUUACUGUUCGAAAAAACACUGAAGACCUGUGUUCUUUUUAGCUCGUUUAGCUUGUAGGUUCAUUUUGAAAGCAGCAAACUUUCACUGUGGUUCAAUUUUAGAAACGGGUUGCAGAUUUCAGAAAAGGUCAUUUAACCACCUCUAUGCUACCUGGGCAGGAAUGUGCAAGACUUCUUUAUGAAAAUUAAUAAAGGAGUCUUAUACUUCUGCACCUGUGGCAUUUUUUAUUCAUUCCAUAUUUAGUGAUGAGUUGAAAAAAUCCUGUAAUGGAUACAAAUUACAGACAAUGUGCGUUAAACAUGACGUGAAAGAAAAGCAAACAGAACAUAACACAGGGGGAAGUUUUGUUCAGAUUAGUCCACCCAUUAAGAAGAAGACGGGGUACAUUCAUGCAUGCACUAUGAUCAUUAUAGCAAAGAUUAUAUCAGAGAACUUUUCACUAACUUCACGCUCAUGGAUCAGGAAUUUUCACGCAAAUUUCCCUUGCCUUACAUUUCUAAUGCUUUAGCUAGUUUAGACCAUUUGAGUCAAGUGGAGAUGUACACAUGUGUAUUUAAAAGCCUACUUUUAAACUUGUAAUCUGACAAAAAGGAAUCUACCAAAUACCUCCACAAGUCAUCGCUAAGUCACAAGUACUGUCACCAAUUUUGGGGCAAGUCAAAUAUUAAACAGCAAUAAGGACCUCAUCAAGAAACCUACAGAAGUGUAGUUACAGUAAAAACUAGUUCUGUAUCAGCACAAAGGGAAAGCCCACUAAAGAAGCAAUGACCUCUUCUCUAAAACUUGAAAGCCUUAAAGCAGUUUACAACAGCACGCGGGGCUAAAAGAAUAUUAUUCUUUGGAGGUAAUUGGAGCUGAGCCCCCCUGAAAAUUUGAAUCUAGAAUCACCCCUGGAUCGGCCGUUAAUGACAAUGCAGCAUCAACCGCUCAGCAGCUCCGCUACCAUCGAUGGUAGUCAAAAAUCCCAACUUUGUGUUUAAGUGUCAACACUCACUGUUACCAGUCAGGACCCUUAAGCAUUCUUUUAACGUUUCUCUAAGUCGUGCCACUACUGACACACAUACACAAGCUUCAGCAGCAGUGGAUACAGCAGAUGUAUAUCGUGGCUUCACCUUGAAGAUCCGACAGGAUAUAAAUCAAACAAACCUGCCAGGGUUACAUUUUGGUCAAAAGGAUUACAGACUGCACUGAAUGCUGAUGAAGGGAAGGGAUACUUCCAGCGUUGUAGAUGGGUUAAAGCACCUGUUUCUCACCUCUUUACAGUGAGUUGUGUAAUACUUAUCAGGCAUGGCAAGACUUGUUCAGCUGUUUGUUUUUUGUCUCAUGAGUACUAUUGUAUAUGUCAUUAGAUGCACUGUGGUUGUAAAAAUGUGUGUAUUAAAGUAU